AGUUUGUUUACAAUUUUGCAUUUGAUCGUUUUCUGUGAAAUGUUGUUAUCUUUUAUCGUGGAUUUCAAAAGAACAAUAAGAACAAAUAAAAAAAUUAACGAUGAAUAUAUUAAGGAACGCGCCGCUAAAUCAGGCUCAUUUUCAUGAAAGAAAAGCUGAGCGAUGUUUAUCUGAAGGAAGAUGGGAUGAUGCAAUUGAAUUUUACCAAACAGCUUGUGAUUUUAUCACUAAAGCAAUGGAGAAAAUAAACUCUCAACAGGGUCUUCAAUCCCUCCAGCUUCAACAGGACUUUUACUCUCGGCAGAGUCGUGUUAUUGAAAUAAAAAGAAAUGAACAACUUUUGGCUCCAAAAUUCAACGAGGAUCAAGAAAAGGAAAAUGAAGAUCCUGAAGAAGAGGAAGGAGAAAUAUUAACUCCUGUUGUAAAAGAAGUUGAAAAUGAUUCAGCUUUAAAAACUUUUGUAACAAGCAGAUGUGAGAGGGAACCAGAUUCACUUCUGCAGUUUUUAAACCCUGGACUGGAUUCAUCCAGUUUGAACCAGCGUAAAUACCCAAAGAGAAGUAAAGAUGUAAUUGAAGAGCAAAGGGUGCAGAUUGAACAUCUCAAGAAUUUAGUGCAAACAUUGCUUGAAAAACAGGAACUAUUGGAAAGAGAAAAACAGUCCCUGUUGGAAAGAAAUUCAUGUUUAGAAAUCGAAGUCUCGAACUUAAAGUGUAACUUGGAAGUUGGUGAAGAUUUAUCAUUAGACACCGGUGAAGCCUUGCCAGAACAAGACUUCUUCAGUUUUGGCGACCCUUCCAAGGCUUCCAUUACUUUUCAGAUCAAAAAUGCGAUGUUGGAAGAUGUAGAGGAAAACAGUCAACCCCCAUCCCUGUUUAGACUGGAUCCAAUACAAGAAGAGGAUUAGGCGGUAAAAUGACAACGAGUUUUUACUUUAUACAUUUUGUGCAAUAUAUGUUCUUGCAAAGUGCAUUUCAUGCACAAUGUAGUGACUGUUGUGUUUUUUUCAAGCUUAGUAUUUCUGAUCACCAAUGUGAUGUUGUUUUUUAGAUAAAAUAAAGGCAACUGGUUUGUCAUAAAAGAA